AGACACCGCUGCAUCAUUAGAUCAUUUAGUGACGUUGUGCAUGUGUGUGUGUGUGUGUCAGGUACAUGGAGGACAGCUGCUGUGUGUGAAGAGGACGAGCUCAUGCCCGUUCCUAAAGACAUCUCUCUUCUGGGAGCCGCCACUGUCUUCGUGAACCCCUGCACCGCCUACAGGAUGCUGAGCGACUUCCAAACACUCGCCCCCGGUUGUACAGUGAUCCAGAACGCGUCGAACAGUGCAGUGGGACAGGCUGUGAUUCAGAUCGCCGCAGCACUGGGCCUCAAAACCAUCAACAUCAUCCGAGACCGACCAAACUGUGCUGAGCUGAUGGAUGAGCUGCAGUCACUGGGAGCCGAUUAUGUCGUGACUGAAGAGGAAGUGAUGUCAUCGGGGCUUCGUCGGGUCUUCGAGGAGGUUCCCAAACCUAAACUGGGCCUGAACUGUGUAGGAGGCUUGAGCGGAGGACUUGUGUUGUUUAAUCUCGAUAACGGAGGCACAAUGGUCACAUACGGAGGGAUGGCCAAAAGACCCCUCCAGAUCCUNAAUAGAAUUUUAAUGGGUGGAGGAAGUUUGUGUUUAUGA